AAGGCCGACUGCACUGCACCGUAACAUUUCUAGGUACUAGAAUCCGCCACGCUUCCACCCAGCACAACCUUCAACAACCAAUCAUCACAGCGACCAACCCGCCCCCCACGGCCUCUUUCCACCAAUUCAUUAGUAUUUCCAUAUACCGGACUACUAAUUUACUACUACUUUUCUUGGUGCGAUUCCUAAAAGAAACCUUUGCUAAUUCACUGCUAGCGGUGCUGGAUAAUUCAGUCCAUAAGUGAAGACAUCCAAAUUCACUGGAGCAUUUUCCUGUCCUGCUGAUCAUUCUCCAGCUUUGACACUGUUGCCGAACCAAACAAUAAAAAGUCAUAAACCCAGAAGACAUAGCAUAAGAUAGAGAGAGAGAGAGACUGUUUUGGGUAAUAGUCCCAACAUCCAGAAAAAGCUGAAAUCUUGACGUACUUCGGUCAAGAACCUUGGAUAUAGUUGAAAUGAGUAGGAUUCUGGACGAACCCCAUAAUUGAGGAUGGUGCAUCUUCCGCGUGAUUCGAAGUUGGCAUGGUAACAAGGACCCUAUUGGGGAUACUAUGGAGACUCGACAGCAUCUGAUAUUUGUCAAAAACUUCCAGGGGUACCGUUGAGUUACAAAUGUAUUUUCUAUCUGAGGGGACUGCCAUUAACGACAUGGGCCACUGGUUUAGCAGAUUGGAACUUGAAUCGGAACUUCUAGAGGGUUUUAGUUCCAGCUAUGAGGUUGUUGGUAGUCCAGCAUAUAAAAGGCCAUUGAGUUCUUUGGACCAUGAAAUUGCUCAGCUCACUAAGCUUAGGUCAGGGCCCCAUGAGAAUUUAAGCCGAGUACUGCCUGGGAAACGGGAAUCUUCUGUUUCAACUCUGAAGAUGUUAGCUGGUCGAGAGGCAAAUUUUUCAGGUAGAGGGAGAUUUUCAACAGCUGAUCGCUGUCAUGUUCUCAGUAAAUACUUGCCAGUCAAUGGUCCUUGGGUUGUGGACCAGAUGAACACCAGGGCUUAUGUGUCGCAAUUUUCAGCUGAUGGCUCCCUUUUUGUUGCUGCAUUUCAGGGAAGUCACAUUCGAAUAUACAAUGUGGAAAGAGGGUGGAAAGUUCAAAAGAACAUUCUUGCCAGAAGCUUGAGAUGGACAGUUACUGAUACAUCUCUUUCACCAGAUCAAAGGAAUCUUGCUUAUGCUACCAUGUCACCUAUAGUUCACAUUGUUAAUGUUGGCUCUACUACAACAGAAUCUCUGGCAAAUGUGACGGAGAUCCAUGAUGGUUUGGAUUUUUCUGAUGAAGAUAAUGGGGGAUACUCUUUUGGAAUAUUUUCUGUGAAAUUUUCAACAGAUGGACGAGAAGUCGUAGCUGGAAGCAGUGAUAAUGCAAUAUAUGUAUAUGAUCUUGAAGCGAACAAACUAACUCUUCGAAUAUCGGCGCACACGUCUGACGUUAAUACAGUAUGUUUUGUUGAUGAAAGUGGCCAUCUUAUUUUCUCUGGAAGUGAUGACAACCUCUGCAAGGUUUGGGACAGACGAUGCUUCAGGGCGAAAGGAAAGCCAGCAGGUGUCCUGAUUGGACACCUAGAAGGCAUCACGUUUCUUGACAGUCGUGGAGAUGGUCGGUAUUUCAUUUCAAAUGGUAAAGACCAGACAAUUAAACUUUGGGAUAUACGGAAAAUGUCCCCUAAUAGCCCUCGGGAUCAUGGCUUUAGGAAUUCUCAGUGGGACUACAGAUGGAUGGACUACCCCCCACAGGCUAGAGAGCUGAAGCAUCCAGGUGAUCAAUCAGUGGCUACAUACAGAGGUCAUUCAGUCCUACGUACUCUCAUUCGCUGCUACUUCUCCCCAGAUCAUAGCACCGGGCAGAAAUAUAUUUACACUGGAUCCUACGAUUCCUGCGUAUAUGUAUACGAUUUGGUUACCGGAGCUCAAGUUGCAAAACUGCAGUACCAUAAAUCAGCUAUAAGGGAUUGUAGCUGGCAUCCUAAUUACCCCAUGCUUGUCAGCUCUUCUUGGGAUGGGGACGUUGCGAAAUGGGAAUUCCCUGGGAAUGGAGAGGGGCCGGUGUCUAACAGGCCGCAGCUGGGAAGAGGACAUGUCCACUGAAGGCUCUCCCGACUUGCCGAGUGGGGAACGGAUUUCAGCAAGUAACAAUCAAUGUUGUAAGUGGUUUUCUUGAAUGCAAGUAAAUACCAGGUCAGUGUUUGAACCUAAAUAUUUUGAAAAAGUUUGUCUAGGGGUUUCAUAAGAUUCCACAGAUGAGAUGUCUUGUAGGUAUCCCGCGUGGCUGCCCGUAAUUAUAGUUGAUUUUGUUCAAUAGUCUUUUCGUUUUCUCCGUGGAACAUCCCUCCUGGAGUUCCUCGACCUAUUGGCAUUUUAGCGGGCUGUUCAACCUCCGGGAGUUUCAACUGGUAUGGAAUGGAAUGGAAAUGUCAUCCUAUUUAAAUAAAGUUUAAUUUGUAUAAAAUACAAAAUUCUAGUUUCAAACACGCCGAAACGAGAAUUAGAGGUUUCGCUCAAUGGCAUCUUGCACGUCCGGUCUUCUUGCAUGCAA